AUGCGUCCAAUGGAGCCGUGCCCCAAACACAUCUACGCUCUCAUUUUUAUAAGCAGAUUUUUUUCUUUGGCGCGAGAGAGAGACGGAGGGACGCGUGUCGCGCGGCACGCGGUGAUAGGCCGCCGUGCGAGUGAGACGGGGAUAAGCGGAAAGUUCAGUUCGGAUAAAGAAAGCCCAGGUACGGAUAAGGGUGUGGUGGGAAGAAAAAAGGGAUACAUCGCGGGGUGGCCACCCUCCACCCUCGGGGUGGGGUCCCGUCGAGGUUCGCGUCGCCUCCGC